UUGCACUCUCUUGUGUUUUUCCCAUCACAGGUGGAGUUGGCUUUGUGGGACACAGCUGGGCAGGAAGAUUAUGAUCGCUUGAGGCCCCUCUCCUACCCAGACACUGAUGUUAUACUGAUGUGUUUCUCUAUUGACAGCCCUGAUAGUUUAGAAAACAUCCCAGAAAAAUGGACUCCAGAAGUCAAGCAUUUCUGUCCCAACGUGCCCAUCAUCCUGGUUGGGAACAAGAAGGAUCUUCGGAAUGAUGAGCACACAAGGCGGGAGCUGGCCAAAAUGAAGCAGGAGCCAGUAAAACCUGAAGAAGGCAGAGAUAUGGCAAACAGGAUUGGCGCUUUUGGGUACAUGGAAUGUUCAGCAAAGACCAAAGAUGGAGUGAGAGAGGUUUUUGAAAUGGCCACGAGAGCUGCGCUGCAAGCCAGACGUGGGAAGAAAAAAUCUGGGUGCCUUGUCUUGUGAAACCCUGCUGCAAGCACAGCCCUCAUGCGGUUAAUUUUGAAGUGCUGUUUAUUAAUCUUAGUGUAUGAUUACUGGCCUUUUUUCAUUUAUCUAUAAUUUACCUAAGAUUACAAAUCAAAGUCAUCUUGCUACCAGUAUUUAGAAGCCAAACUAUGAUUAAUGAUGUUCAACCUGCCUGACCUACCAGGGUCCUUCUGACACUUCUCUAACAGCCCUCUGCACUCCCACCUGAUACAACCGGCGCUAAUUCAAGGAAUUUCUUAACUUUUUGCUUCUUUCUAGAAAGAGAAACAAAAGUUAGUAACUUUUGUGAAUUAGGCUGUAACUACUUUAUAACUAACAUGUCCUGCCUAUCAUCUGUCAGCUGCAAGGUAUGGUGAGUCACCACUUCAGGGCUUUAUUCCGUAACAGAUUUCAUUAGCAUAGCUCUGGGGUUGGUAUUCAGUUUUUUCAAAUGUGCUGGACCAGAAAGACCCAAGUCCAUGCAGCUGUGGCAAAGUUACAGUUCUGUGGUUUCAUGUUAGUUACCUUAUAGUUACUGUGUAAUUAGUGCCACUUAAUGUAUGUUACCAAAAAUAAAUAUAUCUACUCCAGAUUAGAUGUAGUAUUUUUUGUAUAAUUGGAUUUGCUAAUACCAAUGUUUGUCAUCUUCACAGAAAGUGUAUUGGUUUUUUUAAAAAAAAAAAAAAGUGUAUUUGAAAAUAAAGUCAGAUGAAAAAUUCCUUUUUAAAAUUCCCGUUUUGUCAGUUUCUCUCAUGAAAGAUAAUGGUCAUAUCACCCGUUUUGGCCUCACAUAAUCCCAGCACUCCCUCCCCAGAGCUGGGCUAAGAAUGUGGCAUAACCUAUCUCACCUGGACUGCAAGAUCGGGCUCUAGGUCACCGUGAUCUCUUCACUGUAUCCAGGUUCCCUCCCAGAGGCGCCACCAGUUCUUGGGUGGUACUCAGUUUCUCCUUUCUUCCAGCUGACUGAACUUUAUUUCUGUACCAGUUAAUUUUUCCAACUAAACAAUAAAGGCUUUUUUCUAAACUUCCUGCAUCCUGGUGUUUGUGUUA